AUGGAGUUAGCCUCAAAUGGAGAAAUAUCUCAAGAUUGGCAUAAAUACGAAAAAUGUCCAGAAGGAACUGUUCCCAUUAGAAGAAGUACAAGUUCUAUCACUCGCAAACACCCUUCACUAUUGCGUCGUCAUUUCAACAGUAGCUUAGUUCAAAGUCCUAAAGGGAUACACGAGUACGCUUUAGUCCGAAGUAAGGAUAAUCAAUAUUAUGGAGCAACUGCAACACUUAGCGUAUGGAAACCUAAAGUCGAGGUUAAUGAAUUAAGUCUAGCUCAACUAUGGAUUUCUUCAGGAUAUGGUGUAAACUUAAAUACCAUUGAAGUCGGAUGGAUGAGAGAUUAUUACACAACUACAGGUUGUUAUGAUAUUGAUUGCCCUGGAUUUGUUCAAACUAAUUUCAACAUUCAACUUGGUCAUCCCAUUCCUAUUUCCACUGUUGGUGGGCCAACAUGUGCAAUAAGAAUUAUGGUCUACAAGGAUGGUAAGAAUGGAAACUGGUGGCUAGACUAUAAUGGUGUUGACAUAGGAUAUUUUCCAAAGAAUCUCUUCACUUCAUUGAGUGAAUAUGCUCAAAGAGUGGACUUUGGUGGAGAGAUUGUUAAUAAAGAAAAUGAAGGUCACCACACAACUACUCAAAUGGGAAAUGGACUAUAUCCCCAUGAAACUGGAGCAAGUUUUAUAACUGGAAUUAAACUAUAUGGCCGAGACAGAAAACCAGUAAAAGGAAAUAUACUGCAACCAAUUAGAAGAUUGUAUUUUCAAUCUGUAAGGGGGAAGAAUGAAGGGCGAAAUAAUAAUGUUUACCUUUCGUCAACGGGCGGCGGCGGCAAUGAACUAGCGGCAGCGGCGAAGAAGGAACCGGGCGAGGCAAACAGCGGCGAUGAAGGAAGCAGGCCGCGGCCGGCGGAUUGCGGAUCAAGAAGAGGGAAGAAGAAGGGAAGAGAGAACUUACCUGAUGAUCAGAUACUUCUACCGGCGGCGGAUGAUCGGAAGAAAUACGCAGGAUGA